CAAUCCAAAAUCGGUUCGUCAGCGGUCAGAGAUGGCCGACAAUUCUAAGCUCUUCUACGGCGGCGUGUUUUUACUGUUUCUCGCAUAUAGCCUUCAGGAUUUUUUCUUCAGUGGGGAACAGAACGCGACACAGAUGAAGGAAAUUCCGAAGACCAGCUUCAAGACGGACUUCGCGAACCCCAAGUUAAAAUUCCUGUACUGCUACUCGUGAGGCUACCGGCGGGCCUUUGAGCAGUAUGCGGGGCUGCUGAUGGAGAAGUACCCAUCGCUGCUGGUGGAGGGGGAUGCGUACCCCCCGCCGCCGCCCCGCAUGCAGCUGGCCCACGCCCUGUCGCUGCUCAAGCUGGCCCUCAUUGCGCUGGUGCUGCUUGGCGUCGACCCCUUUUCCUUGAUGGGCGCCCAGACACCCGCCUUCUUUUCCUGGAUGGUCAGCAACAAGCUGUAUUCCUGUCUAAUGUUGUUCUUUGUCUGUGGAGCCAUCGAGAGCAAGCUGGUCUCUACCGGGGCAUUCGAGAUUUACUUCAAUGAUGUACGGGUGUGGUCCAAAAUUGAGACUGGCCGCAUUCCAUCACCUCCCGAGCUGUUCCAAAUCAUCGACAACCAGGUGUUCCUCAAGUCCUCCACUUUGGGGCUCGCCGACAGCUAGCUGCCUGCCCCGGGCCUAAGUGCAUCCUGUUAACAAAGAUCAGAGGCUGGCUUUGCUGCCGAGCUGCAGCCGAGCCAGGUGCCACGCCGGAGUCUCCUUGGUCCCCGACGCCCCAAUGAAGCCGACCGCAGAAAGCAACCUCGUUGCCCGCGGCCAGCGGAAGCCCCCCCUCGGCGUCGAGCGACGGGGAGUGCUCUGGCCGACGUUUGGCUCUGGCUCCCGCACGGCAGUUAAGCGGCUGCGUUCCUGCUGCAUCAUCUGCUCCCAUCCUAUCUCACAGCAUUCAUGUUUCUCUAGGACACUCCACUCUCCACCUCUUUAUUGUCUCAUUUUUUUUAAUCUGGAGGGAGUAAAGGUUUGUGUAGCAGUGUUUUUUUUUUUUUCUUUUUUUCCCCAGUGUUGCAGGCCAAUAGCUGUUCUUGUUUUUCUAUUGCCAUAUUUGUUUCUCACUUUUCAAUAAAAGCUCAUUGUUGAGGA